CUUCCGGCGACGCUGCUCCUCGCCCCCAUGAGGGUCCGGCUGGAAACCGUGUCCCACCCGGAACCGUACGCCGCGGGCUCCGGUGCCAACCCGGAACGCGGGGAAGCGUCGGACCGAGACAAGAUGGCGUCCCCCGCCCGCGGGAGCCACGUGUGGGUGGGGGCCGAGACCGGCGCGCUCAAAGGGGUGAACCUGAAGAAGAAGCAGGCGACGAACUACGCGAGCAGCUCGGGGCUGAGCCGGGGGGACGGCGUCUGCGCCAUGUGCUGGGGGGACCCCAGCGAGAGCGAGAUCCUGGUGGGCUGCCUCGAUCGCUCCGUCAAGCUCUUCAGCACCGAGAAGGGGAAAUUCACGGAGUCCCGGCUCUGCCCCGGGGGGGACGGGCCCUUCUGCGGCCUGGCCGUGAGUGGCAGCGCCGUCAUUACCUGUGUCGAGUCGGGGCUCAUCAAGGUCUGGCGUGACGAUGAGACGGAGAACGCACAGCUGGAGCUGGCGGCGGGCGCGGGGUUGUGCCGGAUGCGCCAGGACCCGACGCGGCCGCAGCGGCUCGGCACCGGCGGGAAGGAGAACAGCCUCAAGGUCUGGGACCUGCAGCGCCCGCAGGAGCCCGUUUUCCGCGCCAAGAACGUGAGGAACGACUGGCUCGACCUCCGUGUCCCCAUCUGGGACCGCGACCUCCAGUUCCUGCCCGGCUCCGAGAAGAUCGUCACCUGCACGGCCCAUCACCAGGUGCGGCUCUACGACCCCAGCUCACCCCAGCGGCGCCCGGUGCUGGAGACGACGUUCGGGGAGGCCCCGCUCACCGCCCUCGACGUCGUGCCCGGGGGGACCUCGGUGGUGGUGGGCAGCGCCCGGGGGGACGUGGCCGUCAUCGACCUGCGCCAAGGGCGGGUGCUGAAGUGCCUGAAGGGCUUCGCGGGGGGGGUGCGGGGGCUGCAGUGUCACCCCACCCUCCCCCUCGUCGCCUCCUGCGGCCUCGACCGAUUCCUCCGCGUCCACCACCUGGGGGACAAGCGCCUGCGCCACAAGGUCUAUCUGAAGUCCCGCCUGACCUGUCUCCUGCUGAGCACCCAGCGGGACUGGGAGGCAGAGGAGGAGCCGCCCCCCCCACCCGAGGUGAAGGAAGAGGAGGGGGACGCGCUGUGGGACGCCCUGGAGACCGUCCCCACCCCGGCCAAACGAGGCAAAAAACGGAAGAUUUUGGGGCCGUGAGGGGGCGGGGGGUGGUUGGGGGGUGUCCCGUCCCCCCCUGCCGCCCCCCGAGCACCCGUCCCCUUCCCCCGCUGUUUAUAAUGCACAAAAUGGGGAAAAAAAUCCCAGGAUUUUUCACACCCUGGACCAUAAAAUGUCGCUUUUGAGGUGGGGGCUGGGUGGGACCGUGGUCACUGAGGGUGUCAGAAAGGGGGUGGGUGCCUGACCCUUGACCCCUGACCCCAACCGUGACCCCAACCCUUGGCCCCUGAACCCCAAACUUGAGCCCGACCGACCCAUUGGUGCCGCCCGCUCCCGCUUCGGCUGUUUCCGGCCCCCCUCGGAAACGUUCGGGCCAGUCCUCAGCCCCGCCCACUCUCCUUCGGGUCUUUCCGGCAGCUCUCGGGUUGCCCCGCCCCUCGCCGCCCCUCGGGUGUCUCCGGCAGCGCUCGGCUAUUUCCGCCCCUCCCCUAUAGAGCCGCUCUCCACGCUCCAUUCCCCUCAUUACCACCCCACACACCCCUAGUUAACGCUAAUUAACCCCCUCCCUCUAACGAGGGCUCAUUAUCCACCACCCCCAUCUGCUCGCGGACCCACUGACAUCAGCCUCAACCCCCCCAAGGGCCAGUUUCAGCCCCUGACCCCUUCAAACUCCCCCGAAUCCCCCGCCCCCAAAAGACCCUGAAAAGCCCAAAAACACCACUCAA